AUGAAAGAUACGAAUGCUCGAUUGUUGGAGAUACUUGAAAAGCAAAACCAAAAUAAGAAUGAUGAUGAAGGGAAAUUUUAUAAGCGUUUGGCUGCUCAUAAGCCAUGCACUUAUGAUGGACCAGCUGAUAUAUGGUGGAAUACCACCAAAGGAGUAGCCCAACAAUCGGAAUUUACUUGGGCAGAGUGUAUUGAGAAAAUGAAGGAUAAGUUAUUUCCUCCGGCAUUGCGGAGGAUGAAGGAGAACGAAUUCUUAUUCUUGAAGCAAGCAAAAAUGUCCGUAUUGGAGUACGUAGCAAAAUUCCUGGAACUGUCCCGGUUUGCGCCUGAUUUUGUAGGCAAUGAGAGGGUGAAAAUGAUGCGGUUUUUUGAAGGCCGGAAUCUGAAGUGCCAAAAGCGAAUUGGGGCAUAUACAACUUUUGAAGAACUAUAUGAUCGCGCCCUAGAACAGGAACGAAUUGAAAUGAAGGAUGAAGAAUUUAGGAAGAAAAUAAAUGGAGGAAAAUUUAAAGAGGGAGGAUUCAAGAAAGCAAAGACAUAA